UAUCUAGACGAAUAAAAAUCGGCGAAUUCAAACUUCAAUUGAAGUUUUUUUACAAAGUUUCAUAUUGUGGUAUUAUGUUUGUUAAUACAAUGACCCCGAUUGAAAAAUUUUACACCCGGAAGAGUUUGCUUGUCACUGGAGGCACUGGUUUCCUUGGUUUGACUUUAGUUGAAAAACUUUUAAGAAGUUUUCCGGAUUUAGGUGAUAUUUACAUGGUGGUGCGGUCGAAAAAGAAUGAAAGUCUUGAAGUUCGCAAAGAGAAAUUUAUCAGCCAUCGUGUUUUCGAUCGUAUCAAAUCUGAGAAUCCACCUGAACGUCAAAAGGAUAUAUUUUCGAAAAUAAAAUGGGUGGAAGGUGAAUUAGGCCUUCCUAACUUAGGAUUAUCACAGGAAACCAUUACAACUCUACAGGGUGUUGUGAAUAUUAUAAUUCACAGUGCAGCUGCAAUUAAUUUCAAUUUUCCGCUUAAAAGUUACAUUGAUAUGAAUUUACAAUCAACUGAAGAUUUAAUUUUGUUUGCUGCUGGAUGUAAAAACUUUCAUUGUUUUAUGUAUAUGAGUACAGCAUAUAGUCAAGUGCGUAAAAUGAAACAUUAUGUCACAGAAGACAUUCUUAAACAUCCAACUGACCCUAGAGAAUUACUCAAAAUGGCCGCUACGAUGACUAGUGAUGAGAUGCAGCAGGUUGCACCUGAAUUGGUUCAGGAUUGGAUCACUUAUUAUGCGUAUUGCAAGAAUGCGGCUGAGAAUUUGUUCUUGGACUAUGAAAACAAGUUUGGGAUUGUUAUUUAUCGUCCUGGCAUUGUUGUGCAUUCCGUGUCAGAACCAGCGCCAUAUUGGAUUGGUAACAAGUUAGGCUUUCCACGUGCAUUGAUGGAAGCCAAUCGUGGAUUAGUGUUAGUUUCUGACCCUGAUGUUAAUGCUAAUUCUGUUCCGGUGGAUUAUACUAUAAAUGGAGCUCUAGCGGCUAUUUAUCGUACUUCCAUUGACAAAUCUUUAAAAGUGUUUAAUUUCACUACAAACAACAAUCCAAUUUCAUUCUCUAAAGGUUUCGAAUAUUAUUGCAACAGUUUACCAGAUUACGAAAAGAUUUUAGUGCCGCGUCGCUAUGAAUUAAUGGCAAAGAAAGACGUUGAACCUGGCAGUGCCGAAGACAAGUUAAUAAAAGAUAUGAAGGCAUAUUAUUACUUCCAAAAGAUGGUUGAGUAUUUUAUGUGGAAUAAUUUGACGUUUGAUAACGACAACAUUGAUACACUGUGGUCUGAGUUGACAGAUGGAGAUAAACAACUGAUGCCUUUCGAUGUACGAUCGCUGAAUUGGAGAACGUAUUACAGUAAUAUGAAUGCUAACGAGUUUGGCAUGCCUAAGUAUACUUUAGAUUUAUCGAGUUUUACAAUGGCAAGCAAACUUAAAGACUUUUAUCGCAAUAAAAACAUUCUUAUCACUGGUGGCACUGGUUUCAUGGGUUUAGGGUUUGUUGAGAAAAUUCUACGAUCAUUUCCUGAGGUUGGGGAUAUUUUCAUGAUAGUUCGAGGUCGUCAAGGACAAAGUAUUCAACAAAGAAAAGAAUUAUACAUUAAAAAUCCAGUUUUCAGUAGGUUGAACAAAGAACAAUCACCAGAUUAUUCUAAAUUGAAAUGGAUUGAAGGUGAUUUAAGAAAAGUUAACCUAGGCUUGUCACAUGAGAACAUAACCAAACUUCAAAGUUCAGUUAACAUGAUAAUUCACAGCGCCGCUACGGUUAAAUUUAAUGCACCUUUGAAAGACGCCAUUGUUACAAAUAUAAGUGCAACUAAUGAUCUUCUAAACAUCGCGAGUGGGUGUGAAAACUUUGACUGUUUUAUGCAUAUUAGCACUGUAUAUUGUAAAGCACGUCGUGGCGUCAACCACCUUGACGAAACAAUCUACAAACAUCCAAUCUCACCUACGGAAUUAAUACAAAUUGCAAAUCGUUUAACUGCUGAUGAAUUAAACGCUAAAACAAAUGAAUUUAUUCAAGAUUGGCCAAAUACUUACACUUAUAGCAAAAAUGCGGCCGAGAAUUUAUGCGAAAGUAGAAAACAUGAGUUUCCUAUUGCUAUUUAUCGUCCUGGUGUUGUUGUAUCAUCAUAUACUGAGCCAUUGCCAUAUUGGAUUGGUAAUAAUAUGGCGUUUGCGAGAAUAAUGAGGGAAGCGAAUCGCGGUUUAGUGCUCGAUGCACUCCCGCAUGUAAACGGAAAUUGCGUGCCGGUCGAUAUGACAGUUAACGGGAUGUUGAUGGCUGCCUACCGUACCGCGAUAGACAAAAAAUUUAACAUCUAUAACUAUACAACCAAUAACAAUCCAUAUGAAUAUACAAAGUGUUUCGAUAACUUUGUAAAAAACGUCCCCGCAUAUCAAGAAUUAAUAUCAAGGCGAAAAGAAUUAUUAAAUAUGAAAAAUCCAAAGCCUGGAAGCUACGAAGAGGGAAUGAUUAAGUUAAUUAAUCAGUACCAAAAGUUCCACGAAACAGCGUUGUAUUUUCUCCGUAAUCAAUUUACGUAUACAAACAACAAUAUCGAUGAAAUGUGGGAUAAGAUGGCGGACGAUGAACGAAAAUUAUUACCAUUUGAUUUACGCGUCUGCGAUUGGCCGAAAUUCUAUACAAACAUGAACAACAACUUGUACGGCACUAAUGCAAUAACUUUCUGAUCAAAAUAAUAGUUUUAGUUUAUUUGUAACUACAAUGUAGGUUAAGGUACAUAGAUAACGACGUUAUAAACAUUUGGUUGUUAAUAAUUCGAAGUCGAAUAAUUAGUUGCCCAAUAAUGGCAGCAAAGUUUGAAAUAUUAAAUUUUUAUUACUAUCUAUAA